AUGACGGAGCCAGGAAACACCAGACAGCAUGUCACCCCCUCUACUUCUCCCACCAACACGUCCGGUAUCCCGGGUCCGGUCACAGCAGCUCGCCGUCAUGGUAACCUGGAGACCAUUCGCAAACAGCCCGGAUGGAAGAACUUCCCAGACUGUAUCCCGUUGCCCAUGCGAACAACGAAGAGCGGCAAGGUGACAGAGUUCGGCAACACAAAGCUACGCAUCAUCGAGCGCAUAGCUAUCCAUACAAACUUCAACGACGCGCUGACCUGGCUGAGAGCGGUCACUGAAGACGGAAGUAGACUUCUUAGUCUCAAAGAUCUUGAACAAUGUGCUGCCCACUUCGACACGAGCAAAAAGUCGCAGUCGAGAGAUAGGGGGUCCAGUUCAGCGCCGCCGAGCACAGUGGUCAGUCAUGCGGACGACGAGGAGCCGAGCUAUCACUCCAUGACACAGCCUCUCGACACAUGGAACAACUUCUCGCUGGACCAAGACACAAUGUCUGGACACACCGGACACCCACUACAGCCACUUAAGCGACCGAGUCCGGAGAGCUUUGCAAGCAUGUCAGUGUCACCAGUAGAGCCGAAGCGACCGCGGAUGGACACCUUCUUCGACCCACAUUCAACAGACUUCAUGUUCAACGUGUCAGAACAGGAUCUGAACAGCACGACGAACCUGGGCUUCUCUACCUAUCAGCAGCACAACGACCCCUCAUUGAGGGUCCCAACUCCUAAUCUACCACCUCAAUCACCGUCACAGAAUCCCGCAAGGGCGCUGCUGAGCAUCCACUCACACGCUGGAAGUAUAUUCUCCAACCUCAACACCGCGUUCGACGACCUACUUGCAAGGGUAGACGACCAACAACAGCUCGUAAAAGCCGCCCUUGACCAGUUACGCAUGGCCACAAGUGGUUUGGGCGUCGUGUCGAGCGGCGCGAACGGCGCAAAUGAGAAGGAACUUGAGACAGGUCUAAGAACCGCACAAAGAGCCGAAGUACGGGCUCGUCAAGACUUGCAGCAAGCGAGGUCGGCAAGAGAUGUGAUCGAUAUUCAAUACGGCCACAUCGGAACUUCGUUGUCGCGAGCGCUGGUGGAGACAGUACGUGCUGAGUUUACACGUGCAGAGGCUACCAUGACACGAGCGCAGGCGGACGUGGAAUCAGCUAGGCAUAGGCUCAACAAUGCGAACAACCGAGAGCAGGCUCUGAGGAGGACCAAGGAAGUGGCCGAGGUCGGCAUUGAUCAAUUGCAGCGCCAAACGCGAUUUUGGUUGAAAAGAUUGGCGGAGGCAGGCGUUAAACUGACAGAUCAAUUGGGCACCUUGCAAGGAAGAGACACUGGCCAGACGUCGUCGCAGCGGUGA